AAUCAUCUUUUAAUGACAAAUCAAACUGUGAUAACAGAGUUUAUUCUCUCGGGACUUUCCAGUGAUCCAGAAGUGCAUCAUCUUCUCUUCUUUGUUUUUCUAGUCAUAUACGUCUCCACGUUGUUAGCAAACUCUAUGAUCAUAUUGAUUAUCAGUGAAGAACCUAGCCUUCGCAGCCCCAUGUUUUUCUUUCUCAAAAAUCUAGCCUGGGUUGAUAUCUGUUAUUCAUCUGUCACUAUCCCAAAGAUGCUGGAAAUUUUUGUAUCAAAAGAGACAUCCAUUUCUAUGGUGGGAUGUUAUCUACAGAUCUUCUUCUUUAUUUAUUUUGCUUGUGCAGAAGUUUUUCUGCUUGCUGCCAUGUCCUAUGAUCGCUAUGCUGCUAUCUGUGACCCACUACAUUAUUUAAUAAUUAUGAAGAAACAGAUGUGUCAUCAGCUGGUGAUUGGAAGCAUUAUAAUGGGCUUGUUGGAUGCAUUAUUCAAUACAGUGCCUUUACUAUAUGUAUCCUUCUGUAGAUUCAACAUAAUCAGCCACUACACCUGUGACCUUCCUGCAGUUUUGAGUCUGUCAUGCAGUGACACUUUCACUAAUCAAACAGUGAUUUUUGCCGCUACUUUUCUCUUUGGUUUUAUCCCACUACUCUUAACUCUUAUCUCUUAUGCUAGAAUCAUUUCAACCAUCCUGAAGAUUCACUCGGCCAAAGGCAGGAGCAAAGCCUUCUCCACUUGUAGUUCUCACCUUAUUGUGGUUUGUCUGUUUUAUUUUUCAGCUUUCUUUCGAUACAUGAAGCCAAGUUCUAACUCUCUCUCAAACCUGGACAGAGUGCUCUCUAUCCAGUAUCUCAUUUUAACCCCUCUGUUAAACCCUGUCAUAUACUGUCUCAGAAACAAUGAAAUUAAAACUUAUCUUUGGAAAAGGAUUGGGAAGUGUAUGUAA